AUGGGUACCAAGUAUUCUGUCAUAGAUGUUGCCAAAGAUGCUGAAAAUAAUACUCCAACCACAUACUAUGGGAGAAAUGGAUAUACUAUAACUCUUUCUAGGAAAGAUGAGCCAGAAAUAGAUGUUCAAAAUGAGGACAAGAAAGAGAAACUGUUAAACUAUAAAUUUUAUUACCAUACAAUUCCAGACGAUUGGGAUGGAUGGUCUGUCUAUUAUCAACUUAAGAGGGUGGAGUACAAUGGUGUUGCACAAAGUGGAUUGGAGACAAGGGGUAAUCUUAGCAAUUAUAGGAGGGUCUGUGUAAUAUACUGGUUAAAUGAUCAACACAAUUUACUUCCAUUAAUUAUUGGUCUUGAUUCAGGUAGUGUAACCUAUUUUAAACGGGGAGAAGAUGUUAUCAGUAACACAUGGAAAUGGGCUAAUAAUAUUGUACCUCCUGCUAAUUUAUCAGACUACCAGAGAGUGUUAUCUGAACUCAAUGAGAAUUUCAAAAAUGUAGUUAUAGUCAAUCUCAAUGCUGGGAAUGGACAGAAGUACUGUGGUCAUCCUUCCAAAGAUGAAUUUAAGGACCCUAAGGACAACCCUGAAAACUGUUCUCAGAAUGGAACUUCCCUUGUUACUGUCACUGUUUCAGAGAUUGGUGGUGGCACAGUUCCUAAAGGUUUUAAUUGUCUUAAACACUCCGCUACUGAUACCGCAAAAAUAAGAAUUUUAAGUACAUACCAUGGCAACUCUAUGAUAUCAUUUACGGAAUCAAUUGUAGCUACAGAGCAUAAAUGUCUUAACGCUUAUUACACAUCAGGGAGUAGGAGUGGUAAGCCUUUGUUAUUAGAACUGUCAAAUGGAGAGAACCAGGGAACAUCAACGCUUUAUACUCUUAAAAAUGAUAAAUGGGUGCCUCCUACACACUCUCAAUCGGAUCUUACCAAGGCGCUCGAUCAGGAGAACUGUAUGCGAAACAAUACUGUUGUAGUAGAUCUAUCUAAAAAGAGGGAUAAGUAUUGUUGUGGCAUGAAUGGGCAUAAUAAGAUUCAAGUCCUCCAGCACCAUACCAAUGUACCAGAUGGAUACACUUCAUAUAUGCACCUUAAUAAUGGGUAUGAGAACAACUUUAGCUUCAACAUCCAUAGAUUCAAAGAUGGUGAGGAACACAUGUGGCCGGGUUCUAUAAACAAAAUAAAAAGUGUAUAUGCCUACUUCUGUAAGGGUGAUGGUCAGAUUAUGCCGUUAUUACUAUAUGUAAACAAAGGAUCAGGGUAUGGAAAAUGGUUUAAGAGGACUUCUGGAAGUAAUAGUUGGAUAGACACAGAUCUGAGUUCCCUGCAAAGUCAUACACCAAAUUCUCCUAGCAUAACUAAACCUAUUGAAAUCAUACUCCGCGAAAUUUGCAAGGAACUUAAAAUUGGAUGUCAACAUGCUCCUGAAGGUAAUACUGCCGGAGGUGAACCUCCUGUAUCCUCUCAAAGUACAGGUUCUGGUAGUUCUACUGGUUCCGGAGGUAAUAGUGGAGGAUCUGGAUCUCCUGAAGCUCAGCCAGAGGAAGUAAUACCUAAGAAGCCUGUGGAAGAUGUAACUACUCAUUCUGGAGGUGGUGGAGCCAAAGCUGGAGGACCUAAUGGUGGUACUGAUGAAGCUAAUAGACAAGAUACUGCUGGUGAUGGACAAGGCCCUGAAGGAGCCUCUGCUACAGGAUCAAAAAAUGGAAGCUUCAUAGAGAGAGCAACUGACUUCUUGAAAUCACAAGAUGGUAUAAUUACCGCAUCAGUUACCUCUGUAAUUACGACAGGCGGGAUAGGUGGAAUUACAUACAGCUGCCUAAAACGGAGAAAGUUAUAG